AACAGGUGCCGUUCACUGGAGGUGUAAACACAGUGAUGGACAGGUCGAUCUCUUUUGUCAACCCCGUGAUCCAAUAUGUUCUCUUCUUCUUCAGUUUCUUGUUCUGGGUUUUCUCCUUCCUGAUCAUCGGAGUUGGGCUGUACGCCAAGGUGGAAAAAGCCACAGACACGGUGCGGGACAAGUUCCUCAUCGACCCGGCUGUCGUGCUUAUCGUCCUGGGCGUGGUCGUGUUCCUCAUCACUUUCUGUGGCUGCGUGGGGGCGCUCCGGCAGAACAUCUGCCUCCUCAAAGCUUUCACCUUCAGCCUCGCACUGGUCUUCCUCACCCAGCUGGUCACUGCAGUAGUGGGCUUUGUCUAUUCUGAUCAGGCGCAGGAGACCCUGGGAAAGUUCAUGAAGAAAGCGGUGGUGCACUACAGGGACGACCUGGAUCUCCAGAACCUGAUGGACUACAUGCAGAAAGAGUUCAAGUGUUGCGGAUGGAACAGCUACACGGACUGGUCCUGGAAUCUGUACUUUAAUUGCACACAUGAGAACCCCAGCUUGGAGCGCUGCGCUGUCCCCUACUCCUGCUGCACCGCGGACCCCGCAGAGAGCGUCAUCAACACCAUGUGUGGCUUCUCCGCCCAGACUCUGAACUUCCUGCAGGCCAGCAAGUCCAUCUAUGCCAUUGGCUGCGCCGACAGAGCCGUGCUGUGGAUGGAGUCUCACCUGCUGCUGGUGGGGGCGGCCGCUCUGGCGCUGGCACUGCCGCAGAUUGCAGGUAUCGUGCUGUCCCAGAUCCUGAUUUCUCAGAUCCAAGAUGAGAUUUCCUCAGCGUUCUGAGCGGCGGGACACGGCAGGGGAAGAAAGCGGAGCGACUCUUUUGCCAGCUGAGUUUAGGUACUGUCUUCAGUCAUGCUCGGAGUCGGAGUGAAUAUAUUUAUUUAUUGAAAAACACAUGCGUUUGUUAUGAAUGUCCAGUAUUUGUAGCCAUGAUCGUUGCAGUUAGCGCAGGACAAGAGU